AUGCCACUAAGUCUUCUCCCAGAUUAUCUUCUCAGGACUCCAUCAGUUCAAUUGGUACAAAGCUGGUAUAUCCAGAGUCUUCAGGAACUUCUUGAAUUUAAAGGCAAAAGUGCCGAAGAGGCUAAAACUAUUUAUGACUUUACAGAUACUGUGAUUCAGAUCAGGAAUCGACACAACGAUGUUAUUCCCACGAUGGUGCAGGGUGUGAUUGAAUACAAAGAGAGCUUCGGGGUGGAUCCUGUCACCAGCCAGAAUGUUCAGUACCUUUAGGAUCGCUUCUACAGGAGUCGCAUUUCAAUUAGAACGUUACUCAAUCAGCACUCUUUAUUGUUUGGUGGAAAAGGCAAAGGAAGCCCAGCUCAUCGAAAACACAUUGGAAGCAUGAAUCCAAACUGCGAUGUAGUUGAAGUCAUUAAAGAUGGCUAUGAAAAUGCUAGGCGUCUGUGUGAUUUGUAUUAUAUUAACUCUCCUGAACUAGAACUUGAAGAAUGAAAUGCAAAACCACCAGGACAGCCAAUACAAGUGGUUUAUGUACCAUCCCAUCUCUAUCACAUGGUGUUUGGACUUUUCAGGAAUGCGAUGAGAGCAACGAUGGAACACCAUGCUGACAAAGGUGUUUACCCUCCUAUUCAAGUCCACAUCACACUGGGUAAUGAGGAUUUGACUGUGAAGAUGAGUGACCGAGGAGGUGGUGUUCCUUUGAGGAAAAUUGACAGACUCUUCAACUACAUGUACUCAACAGCACCCCGGCCUCGUGUUGAGACGUCUCGAGCAGUGCCUCUGGCUGGUUUUGGUUAUGGAUUGCCCAUCUCACGUCUUUAUGCCCAAUACUUCCAAGGAAACCUAAAACUAUAUUCUCUAGAGGGUUAUGGGACAGAUGCAGUCAUCUACAUUAAGGCUCUGUCAACAGAAUCAAUAGAGAGACUGCCAGUGUAUAACAAGGCUGCCUGGAAGCAUUACAAUACCAACCAUGAGGCUGACGACUGGUGUGUCCCCAGCAGAGAACCAAAAGACAUGACAACAUUUUGCAGUGCCUAGAUACACUUGGGACACCGUGAACAUCCAAAUGUGGCUUUUGUAUUAAAUUUGGAAGGGAUGACGUUCAGAACUACAUUAUACCAAAUACUUCACGUGUUAUUUUCAAAAUUAACUAUUUGGGUAGAAUAAAUGGGAAGUGAAUUCCAUUUAUGUCUGUUAAA